AUGAAUAUGCUGGGAGACAAACCUCCUGAUUUGGAAGACCGCGACUAUAACCCACAUGAGCGACUCCUACUAGAGGAGCAAGGCCAGCUCUGGUCUAGAGAUGAUGGAACAGAUAGCUGCAGCUUGCUAGCAUCUAGUCUUCUUCAUUUGACAGCAUUGAGCAUAUUCUUCCUCGUCGGAACACUGUUCGGCUUCUUCUGGAGGGCCGACCUCAAUGGCCUCUGUAGUCGACAUGUCUCCCAAUACUGUGAGUUCAAAGUGAACGCCUCGGUGAUCAAAGAAGUGGGAAUAGAGUAUCAUCUACAGGAAUUCAAUGGGUGGCUUUUGAAGGAAAACGUCUUCCGGCAGGAUGCAAGCCCCGAGGUUGAUGCAGCAUGGGAAUCUCUUGGAGUCAAGUACCGAGCGGUUCGCAUACCCCCUCAGGAGGCGGAAGAGUCUGAUCUUGCCCGCGAUCAAGCCAAGAUUCGCGAUAAAUACGGCGGAGGCUAUCCAGCAAGUAUCAAAGGCCUUCACCAUCUUCAUUGCUUGAACCUCUUGCGAGAGUCCCUCUACUACAAUUACGAUUACUACCAGGUUAAAGGGGACGGGAGCUUUCGCGAACAACGCCUCAAUUGUGCGCCGCCAUAUGUCGCACUGUUUAGAUGUCCUUCGGCAGCAACUUAUGUGUACCGGGCAGAAGGAAAACAGCUACCCGCAUACCCCCCAGAGGAUUUUCCGGAGCCCGCUGCGCCCGGAGACACAAUUUAG